UUCCCCUUUUACUUUCCCUUUCCUUUCCUUUUCAAACACACCGCCUUCCUCGAAACAAAAAAGAAAAAAGAAAAUCCACAAAAAGCCCUAGAAUUUAUCAGACCCCAAUAAAAUCCCCCCCUCAAAGCCCUAAAUCCCCAUUGCCCACUCCCUCCCUCCCUCCCUCCCUCCUCUCUCUAUCUCUCUUCACAUUUCUUUCCGAUCUUUGAUUCUCUCCAGGUUUACUUGCUACUCAUUUGCUCAAAAAGAGUUUGUGCUGUUGCUGCAAUUUCAAUGGCUACAACUGUGGACAUGUCUCUUGAUGACAUUAUAAAGAAAAACAGAGAGAGAGGUAGAGGACGAGGUAGGGCCAGCCGUGGCCGUGAUCGUGGACCUGGUAGGUUCUUUAAUAAUGGAAGGAUGUCCGGGGCGGUUCGUAGAGGCCCUCUCUCAGUGAAUGCUCGGCCACCAAAAUACUCAAUUGCCAAGCCUUCCCGCAGAAUUAGGAGUCUGCCCUGGCAGCAUGAUUUGCUUGAGGAUAGCAUUAGAGCUGCAGGGAUAACAGGAUUAGAAGUUGGAACCAAGUUAUAUGUUUCAAACUUGGAUUAUGGCGUGACCAAUGAAGACAUAAGGGAGCUCUUCGCAGAGAUUGGAGACUUGAAACGAUUUGCUGUUCACUAUGACAAAAAUGGUCGCUCUACUGGCUCAGCUGAAGUUAUGUAUACCAGAAGAAGUGAUGCGUUUUCUGCUCUUAAGAAGUAUAACAAUGUACUUUUAGAUGGAAGGCCUAUGAAGAUUGAGAUUGUGGGUGCCAAUCCAGAGGUGCCUAUUUCAGCUCGCGUGAAUGUUACUGGAGCAAAUGGAAAGAAGAAGAGAACUGUUGUUAUGAUGCCUGGACCAGGUCGCGGAAGAGGUGGUGCUGUGAAUAAUCAUGGUUCUGGUCAGAGCCGUCGUGGGAGUGGGGGUCCAAGGAAUGGUAUGAGAAAUGGCCGUGGUCGCGGUCGUGCUCAGGGUCAGGGUCGAGGCCGAGGCCGUGGGAAGAAACAACCUGCUGAGAAGUCAGUAGAUGACCUGGAUAAGGAAUUGGAAAGUUAUCAUGCUGAAGCCAUGCAAACUUAAAUUUGAAAGCUGAUCACAACUAGACAUCAUAGUAUCAGCUGGUGUUUAUGUUUGUUAGAUCCACAAGCUUAUGGUAAUUGCAGUGAUGGUAGCUAUUCCCCUUUCUGCUUCGUGACUUUUAACACUAUCUGGAAGCGAUAUUGUAAAUGAGAAUGUUGGCUGUUUUUUUCAUCUCGUAUCAUCCUCAUUUUACCGUUGCUGUUUAUAUUUUUCUGUAUACACUGUUAACAUGGUAUUGAGCAUUCAAGCUUUCAUAUAUUAAGAUUGAGAGUCGAAGCAAGGAAUUAAAUUUUUAA